UGUAUCGUCGAUGCAUUUGCCGCCAAAGGCUGCAAUGGCACCGAUCUUGCGAGCUGUCUUUGUGCUGAUAUAGCCCUCCAAGCUGGUCUGUCUGAAUGUGUACAGACUAGCUGUACCUUCGCGGAUCAGGUAGUCGCCGGGAGGAUCGAGACGGAGAUCUGCGCCAGCUAUCCGAAAGAGUCUCGCAGCUCAGAAGUCAUAAGUGUAACCAUUGCGGGAUGUGUCAUUGUCUUUCCUGUCAUAGCACUCCGUCUUUACAGCAGGCUCCGCUACGCCAAAGGGUUCUCAGGCGAUGACUUCGCGACAAUCGCUGCAGCCGUAGCUGCGAUCAACUUGUAUAAUGCGAGUAUCGGCUUCGGCAUGCAUUAUUGGACUAUCCCGGUAGAGACGGGGACCCUGAUAUUAAAGUUAUUCUACUUGAACUCCAUCGUCUACAUGGUUCUUCUCGUCGUCGGAAAGAUGGCCAUCUUACUAGUUUAUCUGAGGAUUUUCCCGGUUCCAACGAUCCGCCACAUUACCUGGGCCCUACUCUGUCUUCUUCCGGUACUUGAGGCUGUCUAUACUCUUCUUACGGCUCUUCAAUGUAUACCAAUCGAGUCGAUCUGGGACCGGCUUAUUACGGCCCGACGCUGUAUCGAUAUUAAUGCUGUUAUUUAUAGUAGAGGCAUUCUGAGUAUUGUCGAGGACGUCGCCAUUCUUAUCUUACCCAUGAAGCAAAUCUGGCAGCUGCAGAUCCAGCGACACCGUCGAAUAAUCCUGGUCACCCUGUUCAGUAUUGGUUCCUUCGCCUGCCUCACAUCUAUGAUCCGCAUGAAGUACGCCGUCAGUUACAGCACGACUUUUGAUGCUACUUGGGACGGCGUGGACAUCGUCGUGUGGUCGGCAGUGGAGAAAUUCUGCGCGUUGCUAUGUGGAAGUCUACCAGCACUACGACCGCUCGUC